ACAACGUCAUGUCUGUUAUGUUAUGUUUUGUUUACAAAAGUAAAAUGGGCAGGUCAUAAAAUGUCAAUUAAUCAAGUACGUGUUAUCCAAUCUCAUGUGUUAAAACUGAUAUUGUAAAUCCCAUAUUUGAUUGUCUAUCAUGCGUGUUCCGCUCGACUGAAAUAUCGUGUAAUGUCAGUCGUUCAAUAUUUUUGUGUUGAUGGUGAUAUUUCAUUUCCCCUUCCAGGAGUUUGGAUCAGUCUCAUCUAAUUCACUGGAAUAAAGCAAAAAAGAUGGAUACGUGGCGAAAUUUAUGUAGAAGGAAGAACCGCUCUGGUCCAAAGUACAGAAUUGUUGUUCCUAAUCAUGCGGUUGAUGAAGACACGCUGGCAAAAGGAGAUCCAAACAGGGACUUUGCAACUAACAGGAUUAAAACAACCAAAUACUCCAUAUUAACGUUUUUGCCAAAGAAUCUUUUUGAACAAUUUCACAGAUUUGCCAAUUUAUAUUUCUUGUUUGUUGUUGCAUUAAAUUGGGUUCCUCAAGUUCAAGCUUUUGGCAAAGAAAUAGCAAUGAUACCAAUACUGUUUGUAUUGACAGUAACUGCAGUGAAAGAUGCAUUCGAAGAUUACAGACGGUACAGGUCUGAUAAAAAAGUAAAUCUCACCACAUGUCGUGUUUUGGAUUACAGUGAAAAGAAUGAUUUUCAUUUGAAGAAAUGGGAGGAAGUGCAUGUUGGUGAUAUAAUCCAUUUAUCAUGCAAUGACAUCAUUCCUGCUGAUAUGCUUCUUCUCAAGUCGUCAGAUUCGCAGGGAAUUUGUCAUGUUGAAACCAUGAAUCUGGAUGGAGAAACAAACCUCAAACAGAGACAGUCUGUGACUGGCCUUAAUUAUUCGGAUGGUCUGUACAAGGCCAAUAAAUUUGUUUACACAAUUGAAUGUGAUCAACCCAAUGCUGAAAUUUACAAAUUCAAUGGAAAAGUACGCUUGUCGGAGAGAGAGGACAAUAUUAUUCCACUGAACCAGAACAACAUCAUGCUUCGAGGCUGCAUCAUGCGUAACACCGAUUGGGUCGAGGGUAUUGUGGUCUAUGCAGGCCAUGAGACCAAGUCGAUGAUGAACAAUCGCAACCCUCGUUACAAGCGCAGCAAGCUAGAGCGUGCGCUGAACCGUGAUGUGAUCUGGUGUGUCAUCAUCCUGCUCUUCCUCUGCUUCUUCUGUGCUGCAGGUAGUGCCCUAUGGCUGAGCCAGUUUGAGGACAGCAAGGCCAUCAUGUUCAUCCCCUUUGAGAACUCUGAGCAGUUCAACCCGUACUUCCAGGCUUUCCUGGUCCUGCUCACCUACAUCAUCAUCUUCCAGUCUGUGAUCCCUCUGCCCCUGUACGUGUCCCUGGAGAUCAUCAAGCUACUGCAGGUGUACUUCAUCAACCAGGACCUGCAGCUGUACUAUGAGCCCACGGACAAGCGCGUCGAGUGUCGCGCACUCAACAUAACCGAGGACCUUGGCUGCGUCGAGUACAUCUUCUCGGACAAGACCGGCACGCUCACUGAGAAUCAGAUGGAGUUCAAGUCAUGUACGAUUGGGGGCAAGAAUUAUCCACAUGUGCCAGAGUUUGAUGAGGAGUUGCCCAGUGAGACAGGCAGCCGGUACUCCCUGGCCAACAUCAGCAGGAACAGCUCCGACGCUGCCAAGCGGAAGGCUGCACUCCAGUCUGCGGUGAUAGAGAACCUGAAGAUGGAGACAGAGAUCCAGCGGGGGCUGGCGAGCAUGUGCCUGCGCACCCUGGGCAGUAUCGACGUGAGUGUGAGCACGCUUAACCACCACAGUCUAGUGCAAGAGUUCUUCCUCCUGAUGGCCAUCUGCAACACCGUGGUUGUCUCCCUUCACCCCCAUGAGGACAUUAUGGAUUCGGAGGGAAAUGUUGACAGCAUCGUCAAUAUACCGGCUGCUGUGAACAACACCAAAAGCAACAAUCAGGGCUACGAAAACCCCAUCCUUCAUGAACGCUACAGGAAACUUCCUGAAACUCCGCCUCCAAACAGACUCAAACCUCUUAAACAAGACAGCAGCACACCUCGAGCUAAAACCUCCCUACCGCCAAUACAGAAUCAGAACCUAGACCGUGACAAAUAUCCCAAGUUCAGCCAGCGCCAGCAGUACAUGCCAGCUAUCUCCACGCCAACUGGCAGCAUGGCUGGUAGUAUAGCCGACUCCUCGAUAAGGUCCGACAUGUCCAGGACCCGGUAUGAGGCUGAAAGCCCGGAUGAACUGGCACUGGUUAGAGCUGCGAGCACCUACAACUGCUGUCUGAAGGGCCGCUCGGCUGACUCUGUCACUGUGUGGCUUCCUGCUGAAGGAGAGGUGCAGUUUGAGGUUUUACAUGUGCUUACUUUCGAUUCAACACGCAAGAGAAUGUCCAUCGUAGUUAAACACCCACUAACCAAAGAUAUCAUCAUCUACACAAAGGGCGCGGAUUCUUCAGUUCUUAGCGUUUUAGCUAAGAAAUAUAAAGAGGAACCAGAGUUCAAGGCCAUGUUAGAGAACACUGAGAAGCACAUCAUGGACUACGCCAUGCAGGGACUGCGUACGCUCUGUAUGGCCAAGAAGACAAUCAGUCACAGUGAGUACACGACAUGGAGUGCAGCUCACCUGGCAGCAGAGUCAUCUCUGGAGGAGAGAGAGGAGAAACUGUAUGAGUCUGCCUGCAAGAUAGAGGACAAUCUGGAGCUACUGGGAGCUACAGGCAUAGAAGACAAGCUGCAGGACGGUGUGCCGGAGACGAUCGCCCACCUGCGUGCGGCGGGUAUCAAGGUGUGGGUGCUGACGGGGGACAAGCAGGAGACGGCCAUCCAGAUUGCCUACUCCUCCCACCUCUUCAACUCGGACCAGAUACCUAUCAUCAUCAACGCAGACAACAAGGAAGAUACCAAGUCACAAAUGACGCAUCACAUUGGGCAAAUUGUUAACGAUGCAAACACACCAAUCAGUGAAACUUCAAUCAGCUCACGCAAACAGAUGAACUACGGCCUUGUCAUUGAUGGCAAAACUUUGUCAUUCGCCCUCAACGAGGAUCUCGCCGAGAUAUUUCUGAUACUGGCAGGAAAAUGCACCUCUGUCAUCUGCUGUAGGUCCAGUCCCAUUCAAAAGGGCCUUGUUGUGAAGCUAGCAAGGGAUCAACUCAAGGUCCUCACCCUGGCCAUUGGGGACGGGGCCAACGACGUGUCCAUGAUACAGAUGGCAGACGUGGGUAUCGGCAUCUCCGGUCAGGAAGGCAUGCAGGCCGUGAUGGCGUCAGACUUUGCAAUCGCCCGCUUCAGUUACCUCGAGAGGAUGCUGCUCGUACACGGGCACUGGUGCUACAGUCGCCUCGCUAGGUUCUCCAUCUUCAUGUUCUAUAAGAGCUUGGUGACGACAAUGGUGUUGUUCUGGUUCAACCUGUACAGCGGCUACAGUGGCUCCACCCAGAUUGAGAGUCUCUUCCUUACAGGACAACACGUUCUCUUCACCGCCUUCCCGCCCAUCGUGUCUGGGAUCAUAGACAAGGAUCUCAACGCUGAAACCCUUCUACUGGAUCCCAAUCUGUACCAAGUUGGGCCUAAAGGACUGACGUAUACUCGGAUGUCAUUCCUGAUAGUGUUUCUAGACUCAGUCUAUCAAAGUGUCUGCAUUCACUUUGUCUGUUACUUUAGCUACCCUGAGGGGGUAGGUAUAUGGGAGUAUGGUACAACCCAGAUGGUGGCCUUAGUCCUCACUAUCCUGGUGCAAUACGUCAUAGAGACAUUCAGGCUGAUGUGGCCCCAGUGGUUGACAUUGAUACUCAGUUUUGUGGUGUUUUUCCUGUUUGGGAUUAUCAUCGAUUCGUUCUUCAUGACCUUUGACCAUCCCAUGACCCCAUACUGGGUCAUGAUGGUCACCAUCUCAAAGCCCAUACAUUUCCUCAUGGUGGCUGCAUCCAUAGUGCUGUCUCUCCUGCCAAGAUUAAUUGUGCGGAUCAUCCAGCAGACUGUGUUUCCUGACGUGAUAAUGGUGGCUCAGCAAGGGGAGAAACAGAAGGCAGAAACGGAGUCCCAGUCCACUGAAAACUCUCGCGCAACCAGUCCCGACUCGGGAUACAAUCGCAAUGACUCCAAAGAUCUUGGCAUUGACAAUAAAGCUCUUGACUUGCACCAUGACUCUGAGUCUGCAUCGACAUCAAUCGUGGUGCCAAAUGGCUCUACUGAGCCAAGUAACAUGAACGGUAAAUUACGGCAUAGGCAGAACAGCAACACUGCGACCAAUGGGAUUGCAGAGACGCCCACCUGACGGUGAGCCUGCAUAAUAGAGCAUGCUGGGAGAGAAACCUUAGAACUUCACCGUGCAUUGGGCCUCCUAAACAUUCCAGUGACUAAAGACUUACAAGCAAUGUGAUAUUUUUUUAGUGCUGGUUUUGUUGUAAAGAUUUAGUUCGUAGUUUGUCAAAAAUUAAUUGUUGGUUUUGUGUAUGUCCUCUGACAUAAAAUAUAAGUAUACCACUAAACCCCUUUGUAUAGAAUUCAAUUCCAUUCUCAAUUAGAUUAGCACCAUGACAAUGUCUUUGCUCAGAUUAUUUUUAUUCAAAAACAUAAAAAUAUCCCAUUCUUAUUUUGAAAGUAAGAUAACAUUUGUCUUUCUAUGAUAUGUUAAUAAGAGUAUUACAUUGGCACAUAAAAUCUCAAAUUUGAGGUUAUCUUUGUAUUACUUCAGAUCAUUUUCAAAAUGUUGGCAUAAUAUUUGGUUAAUGGCUUAGUGAGUAGUUUUGCGGGCAUUUUUUGUAGUAUUUGAUCAUUCCAUUAAAAAAUUAAUAGCUUUUUUAGAUCACCUGAUUGCUCAGGUCCGUCGUAUGUCUGUCCGUCCGUCCGUCGGUCUGUUAACAUUUGCUCAUAAACACUCUAGAGGCCACAUUUCUUGUCCAAUCUUCAUGAAACUUGGUCAAAAGCUUUGUCCCAAUGAAAUCUCGCCCGAGUUUCGAAACUGGGUUGUGCCGGGUCAAAAACUAGGUCACUUGGUAAAAAAAAAGAAAAACCUUGUAAACACUGUAAAAGUCACAUUUCAUGCCCAAACUUCAUGUAACUUUGUCAAAAUGUUUGUCUUAUUGAUAUCUUGGUUGAGUUCAAAAGUGGUUCCGAUCCGUUGAAAAACAUGGCCGCCAGUGUGCGGGGCAGUUUUCCUUAUUUGGCAAUAGAAAAACCUUGUAAACACUCUAAAAGUCACAAUUUUUGCCCAAUCAUCAUGAAAGUUGUUCAAAACAUUGGUUUUAUUGAUAUCUCGGGGGAGUUCGAAAAUGGUCGAGAUCAGUGAAAAAACAUGGCCGCCAGUGGGCGGGGAUUUUUUCUCUAUAUGUAUAUAGUGGCAGUUUUCCCUAUUUGGCUAUAGAGAAACCUUGUAAACACUCUAGAAGUCACAAUGGUUGCCCAAUCAUCAUGGAAGUUGGUCAAAACAUUGGUUUUAUUGAUAUCUCGGACGAGUUCAUUUUUCUCUAUAUGUAUAUAGUGAAAGCAUGUGAACACAGUAGAAGUCACAUUUUUGGCCCAAUUUUCAUAAAAUUUUCUCAGAACAUUUGUUUCCUUGAUACGAGAGUUGAGUUAAAAAAUGGUUCCUGUCAGUUGAAUAACAUGGCUGCUGGGAGGGGGGAAGUUUUCUCAUUAUCCCCCCCCCCCCUUUCAAAGAAGAGGGGGUAUAUUGUUUUGUUGAUGUCGUUCUGUCCUUCCACCAGAUGGUUUCAGGAUGAUAACUCAAGAGCGCUUAUGCCAAGGAUCAUGAAACUUCAUAGGUACAUUGGUCAUGACUCGCAGAAAAAACCCUAUUGUUUUUCAGGUCACUAGGUCAAAGGUAAAGUUCACGAUGACCCGAAAUAGUAAAAUGGUUUCCGGAUGAUAACUCAAGAACACUUAUGCCUAGGAUCAUGAAACUUCAUAGAUACAUUGAUCAUGACUCGAAGAUGGCCACUAUUGAUUUUCAGGUCACUAGGUCAAAGGUCAAGGUCAUGGUGACCUGAAAUCGUAAAAUGGUUUCUGUAUGAUAACUCAAGAACGCUUAUGCCUAGGUUCAUGAAACUUAAUAGAUAUAUUGAUCAUGACUCGCAGAUGACCUCUAUUGAUUAUCAGGUCACUAGGUCAAAGGUCAAGGUCACAGUGCCAAAAAAUGUAUUCACAAAAUGACUGUCAAGGUCACGUUGACUCAACUUUGAAAAAUGGUUUCCGGAUGAUAACUCAAGAAUGCUUACGCCUAGGAUCAUGAAACUUCAUAGGUACAUUGAUCAUGACUCGCAGAUUAAAUAAUGAUGAAACUUGACCAGGAUGUUUGUCUGGGCAAUAUCUAGGUCAAGUUUGAAUUUGGUAAGGAUUGAAUGAACCGACUCCUCUCAGGUGAGCGAACUAGGGCCAUCUCGGCCCUCUUGUAUUUAUUUUGUGAAUGAAAUCCAUGACAGAAAAAUGAGUUUGCCAUACAAAAUGGUGUAGAAUGACUUGAAUUUUAACACCAUAAACAUUUUUUGCCAUGUUCUAUUCUGAUUGUAAUGUACCAAAUUUGUUUGGAUGUUUGAAACUUACCUUAGCACAACUUGGAUUAUGGUGAGCUUUUGUGAUCAUUAUCUUUCUGCCAUUUGUUGACCAUCUUGUGUUAUCAACAUUUACUGGUACCUUCUCAACAUUCUAGAUGCCACAUUAAUUGCCAAAUCGUUCUAAAACUUGGUCAGAACAUUUGUCUAAAUGAUCUUGCAUGAGUUUGAUAUUGGGUCAAGUGUGGUAAAAAACAAGGUCAAAAGGUCAAAACUUGUGACAUCCAAGAGGCCAAACUUAUUCCCUUAUCUUAUGAAUUUUUUGUCAGAACACUUGUCUUAAUAACAUCACAGAGGAGUUCAAAACUGAAUUAUGUUGUAGCAAAAACAAUGUCAAUUGUCAAAUAAAUAGUUGAAAACUGUCUAGAGGCCAACCAUCAUGGAACUUGCUUAGAAUAUUUGUUCUAAUGGUAUCUUGGUCAAGUUCUCAAAUGUUUCUUUAAACUUUGCCAAAGCUUACCAAAACACUUCAGUUUAUUUUGUCUCAGAUGAGAAUCUUAGGGCCUUUGGUCUGCUGUUAUAAUAUUUACUGGUAUCAUAGUAUUAAAAAUAAUGUUAUUAACAAAAACAUUUAAACGUUACACUACUAGUAAUAAAUUUCAUUUACCUGUUUUGGGAUAAACAUGGAAAAUGCCAUCAUAAGAAUCUUAAUAUUUAGAAGCUUUCAAAAAAUACUUGGUUAAUAGGAUGGCCAGAUUUCAGUUAUUUCAGUACAGAGCUGUGUAUUGCAAUUGUUUUAUACCACUCUACAUUGCAAAUUAUCGUAGCAUUUUAUUGUAGGUGGCUUGUUUCACACGUAUUUAUUUAAGUUUUAAAUGUUACAAAAUUUUCUGCAUUUUUAUCAGGUGAUGCUCAUACUAUAUACUUAACCCUUUGCAUGCUGGGAAAUUUGUCAUCUGCUAAAAUGUCGUCUGCUAAAUUUCUAAAAUUAGCAUUUUCUUCAAUUUUUUUUCAAAGAAUACUAUCAGAAUAGCAAACAGUUUGGAUCCUGAUGAGACACCACGUUCUGUGGCAUCUCAUCUGGAUCCAAACUGUUUGCACAGGCCUUCAAAAUUCGGUUCCCGCACUGAAAGAGUUAAAAUUGUACUUUGACGGACUGAAUAUUUUCUUAUAAUUUAUAUGUUCUGACGAUGUUUACAGAAAUAUAAAUACAUGUUUGGAAUGUAUUAUAUUCUUUUCAAAUGCCAACAUUCUGUUUUCACCCUGUCUACAGUAGGUUUUGUUGUUGUAUUACUUUUUUCAGUUUAUGAAACACUUUUUUACUUACACGUGUAGUGAUACUAAUGCAAAAAUACAAGUACUGGAAUUGCUGCAUAUCAUACACAUGUUUAUAUGCAAGAACAUUUUCUCUUUAUGAACUUGAUCUCCGAAAGGUCUUUUGUCUAACAUAUACCAGUGCACAAAUUACAACAUAUUUUCUUUGUGCUUAAAAAUUCUUGCCACAUUUUCAAGGCAGUAAAUCAAAAAGAUAUUUUGUCAAUUUAUUAUGCUCCCCCGAAAUGUUUGGGGGGAGCAUAUAGUCGCCGCUUCGUCUGUCCGUACGUGUGUCCGUCUGUCCGUGCACAAUUUUUGUGCGGGCUAUUUCUCAGCAAUUAAUGACCAUAAUUUAAUUAAACUUAAUGGAAAGCUUCACUACCAAGAGGAGAUGUGCAUAUUAUCAGCUGGUUCUGGUCGGAUGAUUUUUCACAUAGUUAUGACCCUUUGAAAUUUUCUAUAAACUGUACAUAUAGUGCAAUUCUUGUCCGGGCUAUUUCUCCCCAACUACUGACUUGAAUUCAAUGAAGCUUUAUGGGAAGCUUAACUACCUUGAGGAGAUGCGCAUGUUAUUUGUGGGUUCUGGUUAGAGGAUUUAUUUAGAGAGUUAUGGCCCUUUGAAAUUUUUAAGUUGCUAAACUAUCCAUUGUAUUAUUUUGUUUAAAGUUAUGCCCCUCAAGACGUUUUCUUUUAUCUGAAUAUAUAGUGCAAUAUUUUGACCAAAAAAAACUUUGGGGAGCAUCACCCGUCUCCGACGGUUUCUUGUUUAUUUAAUUCAUUGAAGCCUAGGCUACUGCUGAUAUAGAAUCAAAAUGCUGGUUUAAAAAUUCUUCAUAUUAACAUAUCUUUUAUUAAAAUGGCGUAGGUCUGUGAUAAUCCAUAAACCUUCACUUUUUUAUUGCAUUUAUUUUAUUACUUAUCAUUCUUUAAAACUUGAUUCAGCAUUUAUUUUGUUGGUGUUUUGGUUAUUUUCUUCAGGUUUGUAGCAUUGUUAAACAAAUCACAUAAAACACUAAAUAAAUAAAUUGAUCACCAACAACACUGCUCAGAAUGUUUCAUGUCUAUGUAUUAGUUUUUUUAGCAGAACAUAUUGCACCCACAUUUAGUAUAUGUCCUUGCCCUUAUUCCUAGUUUUUGGAAUGUCAGAGGCACUGUGUAAAGUAGACUUGGUGAUGUGGGUAAAUUUCAAGGUUUCUUUUAGAGCUCUAUUGUGCAGGGAUUAAGUCAGUUGUAUUGUACAUAAAUUUUUAUUUAGCAAAUUUUAAAUAACAUAUACAUGUACAUAGUGACAAUUGUCAAGAUUAUACUAACGAAUAGCCUUAUCAGAAAUUUAAUCUGAUUUAAUGUGCAUGUACAAUUAUUGUAAUUUUUUGUAAAGGAAGCGUACAUUGUGCUGUAAAUUAUGCAAUUAAUUUUCAGGAGUUUUUAUCUUAAAUGUGCUGAAAAAAUGUAUAUAUAUAUAUAAAUAUGUAUUGCUAAAUGUCAGCCUGCCCCUUCCUUGAGGACCCUAGCGAGCACUUUGCCCUUGAGCUUUAACCUUCUAGCCUGAUUCUCACUGUAGGACCCUUGCAACCUUUUAGCCCUGCUAAAACCUCAUAGCUUGACUUUCACUGUUGGACCCAAACAACCCUUUAUCCUCUGCCUAAACCAGAUAGCCUUGCCCUCGCUAUUGGACCCUUACUCAUAUAUGACAAUCACCCUCAUAAAUAUUAUGUACAUGAACUGUACUCUAGGAAAGCCAGGCUUAAUAUAUAUGCGUAUAUUAUCGUCCCAGAUAAGCCCAUGCAGUCCGCUGGUACAAUAAAUCCAGUCUAGGCGGAAAGUUUUGUCCCUGCUUAGGCCUAUCUGGGACCAAACUUUACACAUUUGAAUUAAGUCCAACUUUAUUGUAGGCAUUUUUUAUGCUGAUAUAAGUUGACAGUUUUUCAGUCAUAUUUGGUGUAACUAUGUUGUUGUUAUCUUUUUGUACCCAUUUUCUUGCUGUUGUAUAAAACCAUUGCUACAUCUGAAAAAAAGCUUUUUUGAGCAGCUGUAUACCAUGCUUUUUCACAUUAACUGUCCUAAAUUUUUAUAUAUAUUUUCUCAUCAUUCAGUUAGUAUUUAUGUUAUUUUCAAUUUGUGAAGAUGUUAAAAUAAACAAUGAAAUGGCAUUCAUUUUAUUGUUUACAUCUUUAUAAAUUCUUUUAAAAAAUUAACUGAUUUCUAUUGUAUAUUAAUUUUUCAGAUAAACAUUCAGGGACCUUGUAUUGAUUGACUUGCAUGAACUUAAAUGGUCCUCUUUGAAAUCCAUAUAUUUUCUGCAGUAUAUUAAAGAUACCAAUGUACAGCAAUAUCUAAGCAAUGUGGUUAACAUAGAUUAACGUAUAGUCCGGUGUGAAAGCAUAAUGUAGCUUAUGUGUCAUAUAAUACAGAAAACUGUAGUGUAUAAAAAAAGCAUAAUACAUGUAGCAUUAAUUUGAAAGGAAAGUUCUUAAGUCAAUAAUUUUGUUUGCAGUGCUUCUGAUUGAUAUAUUUUGGCAACACAUGUUUUCUUACUUCCAUUUAAAGCAGGAAAAAUCCUCUUUAGUCCCCUACCAGUUGCACCGGAGGGGAUUUAUGGUUUUGUCUCCAUCCGUCACACUUUUCUGGAUCCUGCGAUAACUUUAAAAGUUCUUAAUAUUUUUUCAUGAAACUUGGAACAUUGAUAGAUGGCAAUAUGCACGUCAUUUUAUUUAUUUCUUACGUCAAAAAUUAUGGUUGCUAUGGCAACAAAUAGACUAGAAAUACUGCUUAAAAUGGUGGUUAUCCUGCGAUAACUUUUAAAGUUCUUAAUAAUUGUUCAUGAAACUUGAAAAUGGAUAGAUGACAAUAUGGACAUUAUGCACGUCAUUUCGUUUUGUUCCUAAAUAAAAAAAUUGGUUGCUAUGGCAACACAUUUAUAUUUAAAAAAUCUGGAAUUUCUGACAAUGGUGGGGGCUUAUAUUGCUUGACAAUAGUCUUGUUUUAUAUGUAACAUUUUUUGUACAUAUUUUUAUUUUGAUUUCUUGUUUUGUAAAUGCAUAUAUUUUGUGUUCUCAGUUACUUUCUUGUUAUGUAUUUAUUUGUUGAUUUUAUUUAAAAUGUUGAAUAUAUAAUUUACAUAAGUGUACACAAAGUCACACAUGUUUUUAUGUAAAGUGUGAAUGUAACCAGGAGCAGAAUUGAAGAAAAAAUAAGUAAUUGUCUUUAAAACAAAAAGUACCACAUAACUUACAUAAAAAGCAUACAUUCUUUAUUUUGGCAAAAAUUCUUUAUUCUGGCAUGUAAAUGUACCUGUUAUGUUCAUGUGAAAGUCAGGCCAUCCACACCAUUAUGAAUGUUUACAACAUUUGAUUAUCAUAUGACAUUAAGUAGGCUGUCAGAAUUGAAGAAUGAGGUCUUUAUCAUGAAGUAUUAAAUUGGAACAGAUUUUUGUUAUAUGCAUGUUUGCCUUUCUUUGAAUGCUUCUUUGAAUACCAAAACAAGUUUUUUUAUUAUUAAUAUAAUUAUGUAUUAAUUUACUUUUUGACUUAGUAUUGAAAGACAUGAACCCCACAUCUGUUAACCUGGUUUUCAACUAAUUUGAUAAAAUCAUUGGUCUGUUUGUGCACUAUCUUUAAUCCCUAUUAUGCUGUUUAAUAGCUUUGGUGCUUGUAUAUGAAAAACGGGUUUAAUGCAUGUGCAUACAGAGUCAUCUAAGAUAAGCCUGUGCAGUAUUCACAGGCUAAUUUGGGACCUCAUUUUCUGCCUUGACUGUUUUUUUUCUAAGAAUACAAUAAAAUGGAAAGCAUCAUCCCUAAUAAACCUGUGCCGUCUUCACAGGCUAAUCUGGGAUGACACUGCACGCAUGCAUUAAGACCAGUUUUCAUAGAGCAGGAUUCAUUUCAAAGAUGAUUCUAUCAAUCAACUCUUGGCCUUUAUGCUAUGGUAACUUACAGAUUGACAAAUUAUACAUGUAAACUUACGAUGUUUGCCUAAAGCAAAAUGGCCUCUACUAGUAUAUAGAUAUUAAAGUCAUUUGUAAAAUCUUUUCUGUAUUUUCUCUAUCUAUGUUGGUAUUAACUUACUUUAAAAUCUUAAGACUUCUACCUACAGUUUAAUGUUUGUCUUAGAGUACAAUCAUAUUUCAUGUAUUCAAUUUCAAACAAAAACAAUAAUACUUGUACAUUGAAAUAAAAACAAAUCAUGAUUAGACUUACAAAGACAAUCAAGUUGUUUGAAUGUUAUUGAAUGUAUUAUACAAAAAAUGGAUGUUUGUACGGUUUAUUUUAUAGUGAAUCUGGUAUUCUCUCUAUGAACCGGUGAGGUUUUAUUAAACAAUGUGUUUACAAAUUAUGUGUAGAGUUUGUUGACAUCAAAUGGGUUAAAUGAGAAAUGUGUAAUAAGUAUAUAAGGGACAUAAAGGCAAGUGGUUUUGUCAAAAUAUUCUUUCACAUCGCUAUGUUUGUAAAUGUUUGAACCUCAAAAUGAUUGGUAAUUAAUUGAGCAGUGUUCUGGGACUAUUGGGCUAAAUGCAUGUGUGUAAUGUGUUGUCCCAGGUCAGCCUGUGCAGUCAGCAUAGGAUAAUCAGCGAUGACACUUUCUGCUUUUAAUGAAGUUUUCAUUGAAAGGAAGUCUCUUCUUAGUAAAAAUCCACAGUCUGCACAGGCUAAUCUGGUAUAGUAAAAAUCCACAGUCUGCACAGGCUAAUCUGGUAUAGUAAAAAUCCACAGUCUGCACAGGCUAAUCUGGUAUAGUAAAAAUCCACAGUCUGCACAGGCUAAUCUGGUAUAGUAAAAAUCCACAGUCUGCACAGGCUAAUCUGGUAUAGUAAAAAUCCACAGUCUGCACAGGCUAAUCUGGUAUAGUAAAAAUCCACAGUCUGCACAGGCUAAUCUGGUAUAGUAAAAAUCCACAGUCUGCACAGGCUAAUCUGGUAUAGUAAAAAUCCACAGUCUGCACAGGCUAAUCUGGUAUAGUAAAAAUCCACAGUCUGCACAGGCUAAUCUGGUAUAGUAAAAAUCCACAGUCUGCACAGGCUAAUCUGGUAUAGUAAAAAUCCACAGUCUGCACAGGCUAAUCUGGUAUUACACUUUUUGCUUAAACAUGGAUUUUUGAUUAGAAGAGACUUUCUUUAAAGAAAAAUACCAUCAAAGGUGGAAAGUGUGGUCCCUGGUUAGCCUGUGCAGACUGCACAGGCAAAUCUUGGAUGGGACUUUACGCACAUGCAUUAAGCCCAGUUUUUCCAGAUAGAGACUCUAUUAUUAUGUGCAUGUAGUGAUGUUGAACUAGUUUUUACCCUUUGCAUGCUGGGAAAAAUGUUGUCUGCUGAAUUUCUAAAAUUAGCAUUUUCUUUAAUUUUUUUCAAAGAAUACUAUCAGAAAAGCAAACAGUUUGGAUCCUGAUGAGACACCACGUUCUGUGGCGUCUCAUCUGGAUCCAAACUGUUUGCAAAGGCCUUCAAAAUUCGGUUCCAGCACUGGAAGAGUUAACUCUCUUGUUGCAUUUGAUGUGUUCUUGGUUCUGUCUGUUGUCAUAUUCAUCAACUAUCACAAUGUUGUUUUAUCAUAUAAAGGACCAAAAAUGAAAAAUAAAUCAAAUUGAAACAAU